AUGUCAGCACGACUGGACCUGAAUAACGCUGUGCAGAUUCAGAAAAUCAUGGAUACCACCACAUCUACCCCUAACCUCGAUACUGUCACCUCUAGCACAGAUAAUCAGUGGAUGCUUGAGUCUUCUCUAGUCUCAGAAGUAGAGUCCACCUGGGAGUCAUUAUCCUCAUUAUUGCCCAUCACACUAUCAAGCUGCCCCUGCCUAACACACGCUUCCAGUCCAGACCUGCUCCAUGCUGUGUCAGUGGACAGCUCUGAAAGUGUGGACAAGGGCCACAUGUAUGAACAUAGGUACAAUGAGGAGUGUGAGAGGAGGAGAGCUCGCAGGGAAAGGAACAGAAUAGCAGCUGCUAGGUGUCGGGAUCGUCGCCGCAUGCUUAUGGAUGCAUUACAAAAUGAGACCGAACAUUUGGAGCUUGUGAAGUCUCAGCUAGAGGAGGAGAUUGCUGGGCUUGAAAGAGAGAGAGAGAGGCUGGAGUUAGUUCUGGAAGCACAUAGACCUGUCUGUAAGAUGGAUGACACUAAUCCUGAAUAACUCAACACUUAGCAAGUUCAGAACUGAGUCUGCAGGUUCAGACCAGUCCUAUUAUUCUGUGUAUAAUCAAAGUUAAAAGGUAAUUGUCACCAUGUUUGUCUAAGUGACAUUACAUUUUGUAUGUAUAUUGUUUUUAUCUGAAUAGCACUUUUAUUUCAGUUUCACAUUAUUUUAUUUCUUUUUAUUUUCCCCUUUCAUUUUUCACUAAUUUAGAAAACUAAUCCCCAAAGUCUGACAUGCACUUGUACAUCAUGGAGCUGGACUGGUAUAGAUGUAUGAUUUCAAUGUCUGUCUAAAAGCUAUAUAUGUGAUACAAGUAUAUACAGUAUAUUCUCAGUGAAACACAAGUGAUACUUAGUCCCUUGCAAGUAAUGCUGAUCUUAGUAAUACUGAUCUCAGUUCUUGCAAUUAUUAAUUUCAGUUAAUGGUAAUAAGUUGUUAUUCGUAAAUGUUUUGGAUACGCGUCUAAUCUAUAAUAAAUCGAAAUCAUUACUGAAUUGUCGCAGGCACAAAGUCCCGUUGAACUUCAUGCCACAGCAGUAGGUGGCAGUAUAAAACUGUAAGAUGGUCCUACGA